AUGGGAGAUUCCGCAAUAGCCCCGCUGCCGGCGUCAGCGACGGCGGGUUGCGCGUGCGCGUGCCACGGGGAGUGGUCGGCCGCGGUGGUGGCGCUGCGACAGCUGGAGGAGUGGCAGAGCCGCGCCGCGCAAUACAUAACCCUGCUGGAGAACGAGAAAGCGGCUGCCGACGCGCAGUUGGCGCAGCUGCAGGAGACGCGCGCCACGGAGGCCCGAGCGCGGGAGGAGCGAGUGAGGGCGGCAGAGGGGGCAGUCGAGCGCGCGGAGGAGGAGAGGCGGAGGGAGGGGGAGAGACUGGAGGAGGAGAGAAGAAAGGCGGCGGAGAGAGUGGAGGAGGAGAGGAAGUUGGGGGUGGAGAAAGUGAGGGAGCAGGCGGAGAGGCAGGCGAGGCUGAGGGAGGUGCAUCUGCAGACGCGGCUCAGUCAGCAGCAGCAGGAGAUUAUACGUCGGGACAGAGCAGCCAUGGAGAUCCACGCGUUCUGGCAGGAGGCGGUGAGGGAGCGCAACGAGGCGCUGAUGGGGACGAAGCAGGCGCAGAGGGAGCUGCGGAGCAGAGACCAGGCGGACAAGGAGAAGGCGGAAGUGACAAAGGCGCUGAUGCGGCAGUGUGAGGAGUGCCGCAAGGAGAAGGACAGUGCGCUGCAGGCACUGGCGGGUGUGCGGCGAGAGAAUGAGGCCCUCGAGGUCAACCUGCAACGGCAGGGGAAGGUGAUUGAGCGGCUGAUAGACCUGAACUCGGAAUUGGUGGAGGGCAACGAGGUGCUGCAGCAGCGGCAGCGGGACAUGGAGAGGCGCGCGGGGGAGAUGGCUGCUGAGGUGCUCGCACUGCGGAGACGAGUGGGGGACGUGGGAGGGGCUGAUGGGGGGGGAGAGGGAGAGGGAGAAACGGGAGAGGGAGGGGAAGAGGGGAAAGGAGCAAGGCAGAAGGAGGGUCGCGAGCAGCAAGAGAAGGGGCUGAUAGAGGGGAUGGAAGUAGCACAGGGAAGGGGAGGAGAGGAGAAUGGGGCAAGGGAUGGCCGUGGGAGCAGCAGGAGGGCAGGUGGGGCUGGCAUGGAUGAGAGGACAGGUGGGGGAGGGAUGGAUGAGAGGGCAGGUGUUGGGGAUGGUGGAGGGAGCGAGGGGGGUGGAGGCGAAGCGGCGGAGGAGGAUGGGGACGACGGGCCCGAUCCAGUGUCGUGCUUCCCCACGGAGCAGCCCCCUUCGUUACAGUCACAUGCAGCAACGUCGCUUGGUGACAGCCAGCAAGCAACGCCCUCUUUCUUUGCCUUCUUCUCGAGUAAACCCGCUGCUGCAGCCCCUGGUGCUGCUGCUGCUGCUGCUGGUGCUCCUGCUUCUCCUGCCCCUGCUGCCACUGCUGUUGCUGCUGCUACCACUGCUGCGGCACCACCCACUGCACCGGCAGCAGGACCGUCCAGAAUUGAUUCUAGUGCUCGCAGUGCCCCUCCCGGCCCUAUUGAUCCUGUAGCUGCCGUUGCCCGUGUUUAUAAUACCAGCAGCAACGCUGAAACGUCUAGGGACCACCGCCCAGGAGGGGAUUUAGGAGCAGAUUCAGUGCGGCAAGAGGAAGGUGAUGGUGGUGCGCGGGCAGAGGGAGGAAUGGCAGCGGGGGAGUGUGAUAGGGAGAACACGGGUGGAUGGCAGGGUAAAGAUGGGGUGGCCAUGAGAGGUGGUGGGCGGGAAGGAGGAGCAGGGGGAGAGUCAGCGAGGGGUAGCAGUGGUGGUAGUGGCAGCAUUGGUGGUGCACACGCAAUGCAUCACCAGCAAGACAGGGAGAGGGGAGGGCAGCAGCAGGGAUCCGUGCGAUUGAUUUCAGACCAGCAGGGAAGGACAAAGAGCGCUGAAUUUGCCAGUACUGGUUCUGGAGGAGCUGCAGGCGAUGAUGUCACACCUGUGGCUUCUCAAGCUCUCUCUGCUUCUGCCCCUGCUGCUACUCCUGCUUCGGGUCCUGGAGAAUACAGGGAAGAAUUGCUAUCAGCAGGGCCUUCUAUUGGUGAAGAGGGAAAUCUAAGGGGUGAUUCACAUUCAGAUCAAGCCACAGGGGUGCAACACGCAAGAGACACUGGCGUCACGGUGGAGAACAAUCAACCGGAUGUCGCAUGGCAAAGGAAUAACCAGAAACGACUGGGAGCUGCGUGGAGUGCUGUGAGGGGAAACGCCAAAGGAUUAUUUUCGUACAUUGUUGGAGCAGAUAAGGUGACUGUAGGCUCAUGA